UAGAGCCGUUCAAGAUUGAGAGUAUAGAAAUCGGAAAGCCCCGCAAGAAAUAUCGCUUUUGCCUCCUAUGAACUCACUCUUCUAACUUUGAAAGGAUCUCAUUGUGCUGACUGAUAAAUGUGUAUUUCAGUCGAAAAACCUAUGGUUGCCGACGGCAACAGAAGUUCCCGAUCUUCGUUUUUUGAAACGCCGAUUCUACGGCUUCGAUACUCCGUGGUGGGACCGGCUUUGACGAUCGACGCACAAGUCUUGUUGGCUCUUGUAUUGAUAGCAGCGUAUCUUUCUAAUUGCUUGCAGGAGGAGCGUGUUUCCUUUCUUAAUAAUUUCUGGACAAUACGAACGAUUCUGCAGCAGGAAAGUCUCAGGGCUGUAAUUUUCGUAUUUUCAAUGUUUGCUUUUGGGCGGAAAUGGUUUGGUUCUUUGCUAGGAGCUCAAAAAUUGGCUCAAACAGGUUCAUCGGCUCUGAAGAGCGUUGCUUCAAACGGAACCAUCGUGAGAAUCCGUAGUUCCAUGUCGAUGUCUGUCAUAUCGGACCGGCUAAUGUCGAUGAACGGCAAGUCGACCUCGCACAGGGCUUCUCUGUCACUGUCAGACAAAACGUGCUUUGCUCAAUUGAAGGAUAUUGAGAAACUGUCGGUAAAGGAUAUGGGGAGCAUUUUUCGCUACGCAAUACAAUACAAUAUAUGGACUGACGCUCAACUUAAAGCCUUUCUUUCAGAAAUUCGGGUCCAGGCCUUGUCCGUUGUUACCGCAAUUGAUCACGCGCUUCCCCCCUUACAUCGUGCGUCAAUGGUGCAAGAACCAAACGCGCAGAGUAGCAGUCCUAGGAACUUUGGAGAUAUGGACGUACUCCUGUUUUCAGCAGCCGUUCGAGUAUUUGCGGAAUGGAGACUUCUUCGCCUUACCCCAGCAGGAUAUCGAAAUUACGCACUUGGGAUGGCGCUGACACGUCGCGAUUUGGUGCAAAAUAUUGGAAAGAUAGAAGCUGCUGUACAUGAGCUAUUGGAAAGCCAAACUUCUCACAACGGAGUCAAUUCUAUUAGACCUACAAUUUGGCAAUUGCUGGAUUACGAAGUACAGCGUGGUGUGCACCCAAAGCUACCUUAUUUGGUCGAGAAAUCGGGUGCGUCGGGUAUCCUUUGGAUCAUGCGGCAACUGAGUUUCCAGGUGAAUUCAUUUGAAUACAUUUCUAAGGUACCAACAGCGUUUCCGUCAUUCAAGAUAGCCGUUCGCUCAGCAUAUGAUCGAGUUUAUGGCGACUAUCAUGGAUUCUUCUUAAAGCAAAUUUUUUGGAAUUCGUUCAAAUCGGCUCCGGAAGCUAGCGUAAUUCUGAAGUUUAUGGAGGAAACCGAAGAAAUUAUGUCCAGAGAUCUGUCUCCAUCGAAUUCAUCCGAAAAGGCCACUGUUCUAACAAGAGAUGCUGUUUGUGAUAACAUACAAUCUCCUCAAGAGCGGAAUCAUUUUAUUGGCAUGUUUCUCGAAGUGCAGCAGUUUCUUAAGCAGUGUCACGGGGGGCACCCAAAAGUAAGGCCACCAGCAGUCGACACAUCACUUCAUGGCCCUGAACAUAUUGGACAAAAGGGAGGGGAUCUCACCGCUUUUCUUCUCGAAAUGCACCCGCUAAUAUCAGGACUUGAUGGCCUGAUUGGACACUUCAAUAUGAAAGAUCCCUCUAAAGUUUAGCCGCCGGAGAGCCUGUACCUCCUCUAAUCCCAUUUAUUUACUUGAAGCUAGCAGGGACAUAGAUACCGGCAACUUCAUCCUUGUAAGAUGAUUUAGUAAAAGGCCAAAUUGUUUACAGUCAGCAAUUUGAAAGUGUGUUGGCCUACCGCAUUUUCGGGGACACUAACAAAAACAGUUGUUGUAACACCGU